ACACAAGAAGCGAGUUUUCUUCUAUGUGGAUGAGGUCCAGAGAAGCCAAUUACCAAAAGAUUUGAAGACAUUGAAAGGGACUCGCCAGGUCCACCAUGUCAGAAGAGUUGCGCCGGGAGUAGUACAAAGUAGGUUUUUAAGUUGCUUUUGCAAAGUUUGUUUAGGGGCGGAAGAGGGAAAGUGUUACAAUGAGUCACAUGUUGGUGAAUGGGAAUAUCACAGCCUUGUCAAACAGAGUAUGGAGCCUGGUACCUCUUUGAAACAAAAGAAGACUGGCAAGGGGAAAUGCAAAACCAAUAAAUCAGGGUCAGAAGACUUCAACAAAUUUGGUCCACUCCCAGAUUAUGAAACAAGAAACUUUGUCAACACCUCCAAGUCUGUUGAUAUGACUGUGGCAGUUGGUUAGCCUUGCCAAUAUAUUGUCUCGUCCCGUUGUAUCUGUUUAUCCAACUUAUGGAAGUCACACAGUAAGGAAUGACAUGCAUCGCGUGUUUCAUCCAUUCGAAGAACAGGAUUGUGACAAAGAGCCAAGAGUUCAUAUCAUAUGGACAAACAUACAUGGAAAAAUUGUUCCUGAAAAAGACUUUUCAGUUAAUCAUUUUGUUGCACUGAUGCCACUUGACAUUAAGUCAGAUGCAGAUAUUGACAUUUCUUUUGAUUCUGAUUUAAUGGAUGCAGAAGAUACCUCCAUUAGUGACAGUGUGUGGAAUUUAACGCAGUGUCUUGACUUACUGUCAUCACCGUUGAAAACUGAGACUCCAGUCUUUGGUCCUAGAGAGUCACCAGUGCUCAACUCCAGCAUGUCACCAGUUCUUGAACAAAGCAAAUUGCCACAUCUCGAAUUCAAUAAGUCAUCAGUUCUCGAACCCAGAGAGUCAACACUUAUUGAACCAAGCAAGUCAAUGUCACCAGUUUUUGACCCCAGCGUGCCGCCAGUUAUCGAACCUAUCAAGGCAUCGAUUCUCAAACCUAGUGACUCCCCAGUUCAUAAACCUAGACAUUCGCCUGUGUUCGAACGUAGCAAGUCACCAAUUCUUGAACCCAUGGAACCACCAGGUUUUGGACAAAGUAAUUCCCAAGGUGUUGAACAGCGUGCGUCACCAGUUGACAGAUCCAGUAAAUCGCCAGUUUUUGAACAUGACGAGUCACCAGUUCACAAAUCCAUGGUAUCACCAGUUCUUCACACCAGUGAGUCACCAAGUAUUGAACAAACUGAGUCACCAGUUAUCAGACCUAGCAGGUCACCAGUUCUUGAGCACAGUCACCAGUACCCAAACACAGCAAAGAACGAGUUGUCAGAUCCAUUGGUACACAAGCUCCCGAACCCAGGGAAUCAUCUUGAAUACAAUCAGUCACCAGUGCUCGAACCAAGCAAGUCACCAAUUCUUGAACCAAGCAAGUCGAAGUCACCAGAUUUUGACCCUAGUGUGUUGCCAGUCACUGAACCUAUAAAGUCACCGAUUCUCAAAUCAAGUAACGCACCAGUUCAUGAACAUAGACAGUCGCCUGCUCUUGAACGUAACAAGUCACCACUUUUUGAACCCAGGAAACAACGAGGUUUUGAACCCAUUGAGUGUCCAGUUCCCAAACCAAGCAAGUCAACAGAGCUUGAGCAAAGCCCAGAUCCAGGAUUGUGCAGACUCCAUCUGGUAUGCAGCCACUGCCAGAAGUUGGGGUUUGGGUGCAGUACCUUAAGAAAGUUCGUGCCUCCCUGUGGUCCAUCCAGGAAAAAGCAUUCUUUUUGGAAUUCCAUCACAUUUGUAGGCGUAUUGAGCCACCAUCAGUUAAAGUCAUGGGACACGUGUAUAUUACGAUAUAAAAUUUAA